UGAAAUCAUCAGGAAGCCCCUAGCAGGCGACCACUCUGUCUAUUUCAACGCUGCCUCUUUUUGCAGCCCCCCUGUCAUGCCGUUGUGAUCGUCCAAUACCUCCUUCUCCUCUCUUUCAUCUCUUCCAAAUGCUUGAGUCAAUGGAUCUGGCUCGACCAUGGCUGACCAUGCAUCCACGCAGCUUCCCAGCAUGGUUCGAAAGCCCAGGGCUGUAUGGCCCGGCCUGGCCAAGAUGGGUAUGUAUCAGAAGCAGAUAGCAGGCGACGGCAAUUGUCUGUUCGCAUCGCUUUCUGACCAACUCUACGGCACGCCGGCAAAACACCCCGAGAUACGUGCAAGCAUCAUUGACCACAUGCGAACCUACCGCCCGCUUUUCGAACACUAUGUCCACAAAGACGACGUGCAACAACGACGGACUCUCCGCUCUGCCACAUUAGCUACCCGCCAAGAGCCAGAAGACGCGUUUGAGGAAUAUUUGUCUCUCAUGUCACGCAGCGGGACCUAUGGCGGAGAGCCUGAGCUGGUAGCCUUCUGUCAGGUCUUCGAUCAGGAUGUCACAGUGCACCUCCCACGCAUCAAGAACUUCGACAGAGAUUCGAUCCUCUACACAAACGAACACCGAGGGGACCCGGCUACUGUCCCACCGCUGCACAUCUGCUACGGCGGAGACGAGGUCACGCGAGCACACUACGACUCAGCCCGAAGCAGAGAUGGUUCCACUCCACGGCACAAGAACAGCCCUCUCCUCAGACCUCAAGACACCUCUCGCAACCCCCUGGUUGGUUCUCCAUCUUCACCACAACUCCUCCUCAGUACUAGAGCGAUCCGGAGCGGCAAGUCGGAACUAUCAUCUGAGUUCAUCCAGGACUUCCUGCAAAAGAGCAAGAGAGACAUUGAGAACAAUCUGGACCAGCUCAGUGACAAAUACCGCGCACGAAGCCCUUCUGUGACCUCGUCUCAACGCAGCUCGAGCUCAAAGAGAUCGUUGGACGAGGAUGGAGAACCCAUUCGGGCCAGCAAAAGAGCAGAUAGACGAAAAAGUACCCGACGACGUGUAGACAUGGCUAUUGCUAUCUGUGAACCAGACAAUGAACUCUCGCCGCCAAUGCCAAACGACUCGCCGAGUGCAGAUACACCAUCAAGCACGCAAGACACCGAAUUGUCAUCGGACACCUCGGCUCAAGAGAAUACACAUUUGACGACCAAGGCCAAGCCUGUGGUACCUGAGGAAGAAGGCACUACUCUCGAAACUAUUGCCGGACCUGCGAAGCUACCGCCCAAACCUCAGCCUCGAAUCUCACUCAAUCUAGUCACCAACAAAGCAGCCACUACCUCAGAGUCGUCUAGCUCACGAUUGAUGUCGGUAGCCGAGAGGCCUAAACCAACAUUGCGAGCAUAGGGAUUCUACCGGAGUACAGGUUGAGGUUACUUGUCCAACAGUCUUGGUGAGGUGUUCUGCAUAGCACGGGUUUGCAAGUUUUGAUACCCCAGCAUAGCAUAGCGUCGGCGGCACAUGGCAGAUUACAAGAAUUUCGGUCGGGAAAUGGACCGUUCUUAGAGACCAGACCGUGACUCGGAUCCCAGAUGAUUUAUGAUAAAAACGGUCUUAUAUGAGUAGUAGAAGCAAUCAUCCGUCGAGGCCAUGGAGGAACGGGAAGAAGAUCAUUGGAUUUUUGCUACCAGUCUUCCCUCGGUCUAGUUCUGCAAUUUCACUCGCAGAAGCGGACAAUAUGAGCUCC